GUCUGAAUCUAAAUGAGGAAGUUUGCUUAUGGUCCAAGGCACGAGUCUUUCCAAGACUCAGGAUGCUUCUACUCCAGAGGAAGUAGAACCCAUGAGAUAUGUUCAUUAUGCGUCGGCCAUUGGAUCCAUCAUGUAUGCGAUGGUAUGUACGAGACUUGAUGUCACCUUUGCUCUGAGUGUCACGAGUAGAUACCAGUCCAACCCCGGCGAAAGCCAUUGGAUGGCUGUGAAGAACAUCCUUAAGUACUUUCGUAGGACUAAGGAUGCCUUCCUGAAAGAUAUUGUUACUGCUCCUGUUCUUGAUUACCUGGAGACAGUGAUUACACAGGAGGACAAUGCCAAGCUCAGCAAAAUACCAACAGCAGAGGAGAUUAGGGAGGCAGUGUGGAGUAUUAAUCCUAACAGUGCUCCUGGCCCAGAUGGGUUCAAUGGAUCCUUCUUUAGGGCAGCAUGGCAUAUAAUUCAAAAUGAUGUGAUAAGUGCUACACAGGAGUUUUUCAUUGGGAUCAAUCUGCCAAAGAGUUAUGGUAGUACUUUUCUAUCCUUGAUCCCUAAGAUUGAUAAUCCUAAGAGCUUUGGAGACUAUAGGCCCAUUUCACUCUCCACCUUCAUGAGUAAAGUAAACACUAGAAUACUUGCAGACAGGAUUCAACAAUUGCUACCCAAGAUUAUUCCUUCAGAGCAGACUGGCUUCCAAACAGGGAUGGGGGUUGACGAACAAAUACUUUUGGUGGAAGAGAUGGUUCACAAGAUUGAUUCUAAGAUCAGAGGAGGCAAUGUCAUUAUCAAAUUAGAUAUGGCCAAGGCUUUUGACAACUUGGAGUGGGACUACAUCCAGGGGAUCUUAAAGAAACUUGGAUUUUCAGAACACAAUCUGGGACUUCUCCUAGCUAACCUCAGGGGUACACACAUCUCCAUAAUGAUUAAUGGGAGCCCUAAAGGGACUUACCUCAAGGGCUCUGGUCAGGAGAUUAAUCUCAGCAAGAGCAAGUUUUAUUGUGGGAAGGGAAUAAAGCAAAGAAAUAUUGUCAAGAUGGAAAACAUAUUGGAUAUGAAGUUCAGCAAACUACCAUUCACUUACUUAGGGGCUCCUAUUUGUAAGGGUAUUCUUAGGAAAGCUGACUGUACUGAUCUGUUAAAACACUUCUCCAAGUACCUUGACAGUUGGCCGUCGUUCGUCGGAGGAAGCCCUGAGGAGAUAGCGGUCUGCCGUAUGGCUCGUCAGGAACCGACAAGAGAGAUUCGCCGAUUCCUUGGAGCAAGAUGGUUGACGAUUCCGUCAGCUCUUCUGGUAGCUGCUUUGCGAUAUGACUAUUACUGGGAGCUAAACGAGUAGUUAGCACGGGCUAAUCUGUACUAGGGCACGUUGCAUCUGUGAUGGUUGAACCAGUUCAAUAAGAAUACUACGAUCUGAUCAAGAGUCCUUCUGAAUCGUAAGAAUGAGGCAAUAGUCUGUUCGUUGCUACUAGAAUGAGCAAUGUGGUAUCUUCUCCACUUCAUCCGAAAGUGUCUCAACCUCAAAACCUCAUAGCCAACGUAUGUAGUUGCUAAAAGUCCAGUAACAGCAGCCCCAAGUUCAUUGACCCGUCUUUAUUAAAGGAAACUACUACAU